GUAGACAGACCGGUAGACAGACAGUAUAGACAGACCAGUAGACAGACCGGUAGAUAGACAGACAGGUAGACAGACAGGUAGACAGACAGGUAGACAGACAGUAUAGACAGACAGGUAGACAGACCGGUAAUGUCCCAGGUUCCUCAGGUGCAUACCCUCCAGACCCCCUGCAGUACUCUGCCAGCCCAUACCGUGCAGCUGUCUGGAUCUCAGGGUCCAGGAGGGGCUCUACCCAGAAGGGGGGAGGGGCUCUACAGGCCUGUUCUACUACGGAACCGUCACUCUACAGGCCUGUUCUACUACGGAACCGUCACUCUACAGGCCUGUUCUACCACGGAACCGUCACUCUACAGGCCUGUUCUAACUCGAAAGCCUCACUCUACAGGCCUGUUCUACUACGGAACCGUCACUCUACAGGCCUGUUCUACCACGGAACCGUCAUUCUACAGGCCUGUUCUACCGGGGAACCGUCACUCUACAGGCCUGUUCUACCACGGAACCGUCACUCUACAGGCCUGUUCUACCACAGAACCGUCACUCUACAGGCCUGUUCUACUACGGAACCGUCACUCUACAGGCCUGUUCUACCACGGAACCGUCACUCUACAGGCCUGUUCUACUACGGAACCGUCACUCUACAGGCCUGUUCUACCACGGAACCGUCAUUCUACAGGCCUGUUCUACCGGGGAACCGUCACUCUACAGGCCUGUUCUACCACGGAACCGUCACUCUACAGGCCUGUUCUACCACAGAACCGUCACUCUACAGGCCUGUUCUACUACGGAACCGUCACUCUACAGGCCUGUUCUACCACGGAACCGUCACUCUACAGGCCUGUUCUACUAUGGAACCGUCACUCUACAGGCCUGUUCUACCACGGAACCGUCACUCUACAGGCCUGUUCUAACUCAGCGUCACUCUACAGGCCUGUUCUACUACGGAACCGUCACUCUACAGGCCUGUUCUACCACGGAACCGUCACUCUUACAGGCCUGUUCUACCGCGGAACCGUCACUCUACAGGCCUGUUCUACCGUGGAACCGUCACUCUACAGGCCUGUUCUACCACGGAACCGUCACUCUACAGGCCUGUUCUACCACGGAACCGUCACUCUACAGGCCUGUUCUACCACGGAACCGUCACUCUACAGGCCUGUUCUACUACGGAACCGUCACUCUACAGGCCUGUUCUAA